AAAGGUUUUGUUUCACUUACAGUAAAAGCCACAGUGAACACUGGAAAUUGAGGUGAUCACUUGUGAACUGCGUUAAGCCACCGACAUGGCGCUGACUAAAUUAAUGAGUGCGAUCCUCACCAGAGCGCUGUUUAUUUUAGUUGCUGUCAUCGGAGUGUUGAGGGUGGCAUCGGUUAAGAAGGAUAACAAUUACUUGUUUCUGGCUUUUCUUUUGUUGCCGCUUGUUGUUGAAAUGAUAGUAACACUGAAGAUGCGAAAAGGACAGGAUUAUAAAUGGUUUUCCCCUCCUAUCUUUCUGUUCCUCAUUACUAUUAUUCCCUCGAUCUGGAUUCUGGAGAUACAACACCAGCAAGACAAAGCCAGCGAUCUAGAGUGCAAUAAACUAGAUUCUAUAGAAACUUUGCAAAGACUGUGGAAUCGAAGCACCGAGCAGGGAAACACCACAAACCAGAAUUUACUUAAGAGGUUGUCCACUGUCUGCGCGAAUGACUGGAUCCUGGCUCUUCACCAGAUCGUGCUCAUCCUCCUCAUUGUGGGGAAGUGGCUUCUGCCUUUGGGAGGCGGGGUCACAAAAGAUGAGUUGUCUCAGCUUCUUCUAACUUUUGUUGGCACUGCAGCGGACAUCCUGGAAUUUACUAGUGAGACGCUGUCAGAUAUAAAAGAAAAAAAUCCUGCCAUGGUUUACGUCAUCUUAGCUGUAUGGACCUGGAGCAUGUUGCAGUUUCCACUACAUCUAGCAGUGGUGAACACCAAAUUUGAUGAAGAGAAUGGCGGAGAAGAUCAAGUUGUCCGGGAAACCUUCUUUAUUAAACACAGCACUGAUAUUUGGAGUAUCAUAGAGACCCUCUUUAUCCAGGAUGGGCCUUUUCUGUUGGUCAGGCUGACUGUCAUUAUUCACUUCAGAGUCCUCCACCAGAUGCUUGGUUUCUUUGCCAUCAAGAACGGCCUAGUGAUCACACUGAGCUUGUACAGGUUGGCCAUUAUAUUGCUGGACUACAGACAUUCCAUGGGCAACAAUGCAGAGGCAGUGCCGAUGCAUGAGUCAGAUGACAGACGUUCCAGCCACAGCAGCACUGAGGCAAUAGCGAUCCAUGAGUUAGAUGAGCUAUGCGACAGACCUUCCAGCCACAACAGUGCAGAAGCAGUGUCGACCCAUGAGUUGGAUGACAGACGUUCCAGCCACAACAGUGAAGAGGCAGUGCUGACCGAUGAGUUAGCUCUGGUAGAUAAAGAGGAAUCUUAGAGUGAGAUGUAUUACGCUAAACAUUUAAAACCUUUUAAAUUCAAAUGGCAAAAACUAUCACUGAAGCAGGAAAAGAAGGAAACACAACACAAUGGUUUGACGCAGCUACAAAGUCAGAGUGACUAAAGUCAGACUGUCAGAUAAGAAGUUAGUCGACUUCUAACAGUGUGAUAACUGAUGUCUGGCUGACAGGAAUUGAGGGCAACAAACGAGGGUGAAAGCGAGAUGAUGAGAUAUUUUUGCAUGUUGUGUGAGAUCGAGAGGAAGAUAAUAACAGACAGAAAUUUUCCUGUUUUAACCCAAACAGGAAAUUGAAAGUUGCUCUUUACAAAAUAAGGAAUAUGCUGUUUACAAAUCAAAAAGUAUUGUUACCUCAGUAGUUACAUUAAAUCAAUGUGAUAUCUGUGGCUAAAACAGGUGGAUCAUUGUCCAUUUGUACAUUUUUUUUUAAAACUAAAGAUAGAAUUGCACUCAGGUGAUGAGCUGUGUAUGAGUUGCUUUUAAAGCCUUUAAAACCAUUUUUAUGGCUUUGAAAUCACACAAAGUUUUUAUACCUGAUUUAUGUGAGGAUCUUCAUUUAGCUGGUAAAGGAACAAAAAUAUAUGUCAUGUUUGUUGUAAAUGACUAUAACUCAUGAUAUCCUGUCAAAGCUGCUCUGACCUGAAUACAUUUCAGUAAAUGUGGCUCAUUUUACUUUUUUGCUAUUUCAUUUAUCACAAAACCAGAAACAGUGGGUUCAAAAUGAUUAUUUUUUAGUUUUUCUGGGUGAUUUGUAGCAUUGCCAAUAUAUACAAACACAAAUUCAAACUUUAUGAGCACAAAUGCGCUACAUCUACUUCUGUUGAAAAUAUUCAUCUGAAAACUGUGUUUAUUUUGUCUACAUUUCUUCAUUUUCUACAGUAAAUCUAACCUGCAAACUGUCUACCGUCUCCCCUCUGUGGACAUCAGUGUAUUAUCACUUUGAUGAUGCCAUCUGUGACAGUUUUUUGUUUGAGAUGUUGCAUCAGAAUCAGUCUUAUCUGAGUUUAGAACAUUUCAGCUCCCUAUGAAAUCACUGUGGCUGCUGUCAAACUGUCACAAGAGUUGAUUUUUGUAUUCACCAUCUAUAUGCCAGCCAGUUUUCAGAGAUGUCAGGAAAUUUAAAGUUGACAUUCGCACCUGCGUCAUGGCCCCACAGUGUGGUUUCCUGUUUUAUUGUGAAGGUCUGUGUCUUAUGUUAGUGUGUCCAGCUUCUGACAAAACAAGAGUAAAACAGUUUCUCGACUAACUCCAGCUCCAGCAAAUAGUCUUUUCCUUUUCCUCUCUAUGAUGAUUAAACUGGAUAAAACUGAACAAUGUUUGGAACCAUAAAUCUGUCAUGACAAUAAAUACUCAGGUGUUCAAAAGGCUCAAGGAAUGUGUGAAAUCCUUCAAAACAGUUUAUCACACCAGAUUGAGUCAUUUUCACCCUUCCUUAAUAUUUGGAAAUGCUCUAAGGCAAAUGAGGAAGAACGGCUGUCCAAAAUCCGGUCAAAUUGUAAACAAGCAUUGUUUCAUUAUAUAAAUCAUCUCAGAUAUUUAUUUUACAGGGACUUUUUUUUUACAGGAGGAAGGGGAGAAGAGGUGUGCUGCAAUAUGAAGAUGCAUAAAAGUGCAGCAACAUAUAUGCCAGUUCUUCUUUAGUUACACUGCAAGGAAGAACA